CAUCAUCAUCAUCACUUGCAAUAAUACCUCUAAACCACUGAAGGCUCUCGGAAGUUCUUUGCUGUAAUAACCUAACCCUUAAAACUUGUUCCAUCUGCUCAACACCUGGAUAUCGACCAUCAGCACAGGUACUAGGUGUUACCUUAAGUAGGUAGCCAGCAGUCAGCCAUAGUACCCAUCUCAAACAAACCACACAUAGAACCACACUCAAAAUGGGUACCAUCACCAGUACACUCACCACCACCCUCCUCUUCCUCACCACCCUCGCCCUCGCCGAGUCCCCAGCAGGAACCCCGCGCAUCAACUCCAUCAGCUACUCAGGCAGCGGAUGCCCACAGACGCAGGCCCGGUUCAGCGGCAGCCUGGACGACCCGACCCUCACCUUCAACCACUUCGCCAUCGAGUACCCCAACACGGUGAACCGGACAGCCAACUGCCAGGUGCACAUGCAGGCCCAGGGCGUGUCGGCCGGCUGGCAGGUUUCCGUCAAGGACACGUUCGUGGACGGCCACGUGACGCUGGACCCGGGCGCGACACUGGAUUACUUUUCGACAGUUUACUUUAGCUCUAGUGCGGAUGAUGCUGCCACUAGCAAGGGACAACUCGCCAACGACGGCUCGUCCAGGAUCGACAAGGCAGUGACUCUCCAGAACCACUUCACCGACAAGGCCUGGUCGUCGUGCACCACGUCCUCGAAUGACGGGUUUGGAAUUCUGAACAUCAAUUUCCGCGGUGCUCUGCGCAACGAAAAGUCGUACUUUGAGGCGACUAGCGAGACCUGGGACUUUGAGUGGAGGAGGUGCUGAGAUGGCUGGUUGGUUUAGUCGGGACUGGUUGUCACGAGUCACAUAUAAUGUUUCGGCUUUGUCUUAUGGAGGCUUCGUCUGCCGGUGCUCGACAGCACGGCUUUCUUUUUCAUGUCCCAUGUAGACUUCUUGUCACGAUAGGGAGGUGGCGUGGUAGAUUGCAGGGAGGCUGGUCAAAAGGUGUUUUCUCAAAAAGUAAAAGAACUUUUGCUGGGGUUGAGUAGUCAAGGAACAAAGGUUUAAGACUGAG